AUGGCCACACAGACACCGAGUGGCACCCGGCGGCUGCGCGGCACGCUGUCCUUCAGGAACGACAACAUCCACUUUGUCGUGCUGCGUGAAGGACUGGAGGCACGCUUGCGCCGCGUGGAUGACAACAUCGGCCGCGUUUACUGCGUUGCCAACGAUGAGCAGGCACGCACUCUGGUGGACAUCCCUGACGAUGUGAAGUGCAUUGACACCACAAGCGAGGAGGAGCUGCCCAAGACAUCCAUGGGAUACCUCAUCACCUGGUUCAACCGAUAUGUGCUGAAGGUCGGCGAUCAGGAGAUCCUGUACCUGGAACCCCAGAAGACCCAGUCCAUGCUGGCGGAUCCGUCAGUUGAGGCUGGCACCGUCAAGGGCAAGACAGCAGUGGCCCAGGAGCCAUGA